CGUGCGCGCGCUCUGACGUGCUGCUCUGCUCUGCGCGCCUCUCAGCGCUCUUACAUGCAGCUAUUGUAUUCGCCACGGGAUUUUAGCUAUUCGCUUCGCUUUACCUUCUCUUGUUUUCAGCGACGAAGGAAUGAAGAGUCCUCCCAAUAAACGAUAUUGACAUGAAGAAGGACGUAGAGGUGCUGAUAGCAGAGGAACGUGCUGAGAUCAUCUCAAAAUAUAAUAAGGGUAGAGAUGCAGGAGUUGAGAUCGAUCCUUGGGAGGAUGCAGACUACAGCAUAUACAGAGUCACAGAUCGCUUUGGAUUUCUUCAUGAAGAAGAAUUACCCACCCCCAGUGCACUUGAAGAGAAGCAAAAACAAGUGGAGAUUGAGAGGGUGCAGAAAUGGCUGAAGAUGCUGAAAAACUGGAGCAAGUAUAGAAACAGUGACCGGAUGAUGAAGAGGGUUUUUAAAGGAAUCCCCCUGCAGCUGAGAGGACAGGCCUGGGCUCUGCUGCUGGACGUUGAGAAAGUCAAGAGUGACAAUGCAGGAAAAUAUGAGAGAAUGAAAGAGCAAGCCCAGCUCUACUCUCCAGAAAUCAAACAGAUUGACCUCGAUAUCAACAGGACCUUUCGAAACCACAUCAUGUUUAUGGAUCGAUUUGGUGUAAAGCAACAGUCUUUGUUCCACGUGCUCUCGGCGUACUCUGUUUACAAUACGGAAGUGAGCUACUGCCAGGGCAUGAGUCAGAUUGCUGCCAUUCUGUUGAUGUUCAUGAAUGAAGAAGAUGCAUUCUGGGCUUUGUCGCAGCUCUUAACCAAUCAGAAACAUGGCAUGCAUGGAUUCUUUGUUCCUGGAUUUCCCAAACUUCAGCGUUUCCAAAACCACCAUGACCAGAUUCUCUCCAAGCUUUUACCCAAACUAAAGAAGCAUUUGGAUAAGGAGCAGAUGUCCAGCGGUAUUUACAGCACUAAAUGGUUCCUCCAAUGUUUUAUCGACAGGACCCCAUUCACUUUGACCUUACGUCUGUGGGAUAUCUUUAUCCUGGAAGGCGAGAAAGUUCUGACAGCCAUGGCUUACACUAUCCUUCAGCUCCACAAAAAACGCUUGCUCAAGAUGUCUCUGGAGGAGCUGAGAGAGUUCCUGCAGGAGAAGAUAGGAGAGUCCAUCUACCUCAAUGAUGACCUCGUCAUAGAGCAGCUUAAAGUGUCCAUGUCUGAACUUCGCAAAAUGAAGCUUGACGUCCCACCACCAGCAAAGCCGGAUGAGUUUCCGCGGAAGCCUCUGGGUCUGGAGCUGCCCGUAGUUUUGACUCUGGUGAAACGGCCCAAACCGAGCCCUUCAGAGGAGACACCUAACAAAACCCUUCUCAUCAAACAGCCACCAGCUUCUCUGCACAUCUCCCUCCAGCAGGAGUCCAUCAUGCUGGACGACAGCCCUCCACAGGACAAGAAGCCUUACAAAGAUGGAGGGACGGGCAGCAUGUCACCGCUCCCCUCACCAGACCCCGUUCUAGUGCACAGUCAGAUUCCCCUCACACCCGACGGGAUGAUAGGAGCCCCUGAAGAUGGCGGAGAGUGGCCUCCUCCAUACGAACCUCCUGUCCCAGAGACCCAAAAUCAACCUGAGCUGUACGAUUCUCCUCCACAUCCAAAUGUGGAUGAAGGAUCACCUAAUGCAAAGCCUUUAGAAACAUCUCAGAACAUUGAACAGGACACUUCAGAGACAGCAGAGGGCAGUGUGGAGGGUGGUUUAGCCUCAGACAACUUCCAGUCCAUUUCUAUGAAGCCUUGUGGUAUUUCCAGUUCUGAAAAUGGAGAUGUGGGAAAUCCUGAAAGUCAAAAUAUGGACAAGCUUUCAGAGAGACUGCACUCAACAUCCUGUGCUCAGUCACAGUUACCUGCCAAACGUAUCCCCACAGUCCAAUCAGACCCACUACUUCAGCUUCCUCCUGAGUCCCGCCAAAACCUUCCCAAGUCAGAGACAUUUUAAGCUGCAGACAAAGGGGCCGUUCACACAGAAUGCGUUUUCCUUACCAACGUGCUUCUGUAUUGUUUUUCAAUGUAAACACAUGAUGGACAGACGUGUUAGACCGUUACGCUUGCGCCUCAUGUCUUUUGAAGCAUUUUUUAGAUGCAGUGUCAAUUUGAAAGAUCUUCAACUUUCACACGCAGAGCAGCUUAUAAGUGUCAGGUCCAAAAGCAGUGGACCAAUCAGAAGAGAUUGGAGGCGGGGCAACUGCUGCGAGCUUCUGUUUAUGGUAGAAAGUUGGCAUGACAACUCCUUUUAUUUACAGUUAUAUCAUGACGGAUUAGGCUUCCAUUGUGGCUGUGCCUAGAAUAUCCUGAGUUAUAUGAUGAUCUGCAUGUGCUUACCAUAACAUAUUCAUUCAUUCACUCAUAGUCCCUUUAUUAAUCUGGGGUCGCCACAGCGGAAUGAACCACCAACGUAUCCAGCACAUGUUUUACGCAGCGGAUGCCCUUCCAGCCGCAACCCAUUUCUGGGAAACAUCCAUACACACUCACUCACACCCAUACACUACGGACAAUUUAGCCUUCCCAAUUCACCUGUACCGCAUGUCUUUGGUCUGUGGGGGAAACCGGAGCACCCGGAGGAAACCCACACGAACGCAGUGAGAACAUGCAAACUCCACAUAGAAAUGCCAACUGACCCAGCCAAGGCUCGAACCAGCGACCUUCUUGCUGUGAGGUGACAGCACUACCUAAUGCGCCACUGCGUCGCCCUUCCAUAACAUAUUGUUUUCCUAUUUCUAAUAGGUCUGUUAUUGUCGUUAUUACAUCACGUUCAUAAUAUCACGUCACGUGGACGUCACUCUGUUUUUUAAACCCAAUCCUGAGCGCCACAUCAAAUGGUUUUAAAAGCAAUAAUGCAUUCUGUGUGAACGGCCUCUAACUUCCGUGCAGUGUUCACAAGGGAAAGCAUUAUUGAUGAAGUAUUUUAAUAUUAGAUUUGAACUGCUCUGGCUGGAUUCAGUUUGGGACAAACAUCACAGCUGGAACACGUGACAAAGACUUCGUAACAAAAGUGAGCUGGCUCACUGCUUAAUACACAACUCCACAUAUAGCCAAUUGUUUUACGAGCAACUGCCUUUUGACUUUUCUCCCACACUCUCUGGUUUGGAUGUGGUUUGUGCAGAACCAUCACUUAAUAACACCACGACACCACUUAUGUCUUUACAGUUUCUUCUUUCUAAUAUAAUGACACAUUUUGAACCAUGCUCAGCAAUAUAACAGAUUAUUACUUCAGUGAUUCAAAAUCAGCUAUUAGUUAAAGGGAUAGUUUGCCAGAAAAAUGAAAACUUGCUGUAAAUUUGCCAUUCAAAUGGACUAUUAGUAGAAUAUUAAAGUCCAAUAUUUUUAUUUCAGUAUGUUAAUGUACUUCUAGCUGAAAUUAAAUAUUGAGUAGGGGGCGGGGCUUUCUGGUUAGGAAUGCAACAGAGAAGGAGCGCCACACCAGAUGCAGAAGCAAAUUGUCAGACUUUGAUUGAAGAUUAACUUGACAUGCACCGAUUAAUUGUUCACCUAAAGAAUAUCACUUAGUAUGUUUACAUGGACACCAAUAAUCUGAUUUAAUGCGAUCAAGACAAUACUCUUAUUAAGACUCUACCAUGUAAACAGUGAUUUUUGAUUAAUUUAAUCUGAUAAAGGUCAUAAUCGAACUAAACAGAAAUCGGAUUAAGACAUGUGGAGUUUGCAGAUUUUAGUGGCAUUAUUGAAGUGCAGUACAGACAUUUAAACAUCGCAAUCAAACUAUUACCAUCGUGUAGGACUUUUCACCAUGUUUAGCGACAGGAUAUUCCAUACACACUUGGCUGUUUGCACCUACCGAUUCUGUGAAGGACCACAGACACCUGCAUUGUGAAAUGCUGAGUUUUUUCUUUCCAUUUGGCCUGCGGUAUCAAACUCUGUUAAAAUACACUCUUCCACCAGUCCGUGCAUCCAAUACCUCAGUUUGUCAUGCGAGGUGGGGGUAUGAUUGAAAUGUUCUUGAAUGAAUGUGAAAUUGUGAAACUGCAGUAAAGUCCAAAAAUAAACAGUGAAAUGCCCAAAAUUACAUGAAACUUCGGAGGAAACAUGGAUAGCCAUGACAUUAAUCAAAUUAUUUGCUACAACAUGUAAAAUGGGAUCAUGGAACAAACGUUCAAAAAUUAACUUAAACACCUUAAUCAAAUUAUUGUCUUAAUCAGAUUAUGGCAAAUAAUUCCAUUACUGAUGUCCAUGUAAACGUGGUCAAUGUGUGCUAGCUAAAUGAACAAUGUCAAUUUAGAUUUCACACAGACUUUACAGUGAAAUUUGAGCCUUGGUGAUUUAUAAAUUGCAAGUCAAUGUCAAAUGGCACUUUAAGAGUCCAAAAUAUUAAUAAUAAUACAAUAAAACAUACAGGCAAAUCAAAACAUAUACAGGCUGUUUACAUUAAAGGUUGAGGAUGAGUGUGUUGUAUUGUUAUGGUGUUAGUGCUAAAAAAAAACGGUAAACAAUUAAUGUAUGCUCUCGCUGGAGUUUGUGCCCAUGCAUAGCCUACAUCACAGGUGUCAAACUCCUCCAAACUCUUCCUGGAAGGCCGCAGCUCUGCACAGUUUAGUUCCAACACUAAUUCAACACACCUGAUCAACCCGCAUGUAAAGCUGCAGUCACACUAGAGAUAGUCUGUAUUACGGCUCUGCGAAAAAGGGUGGGAUUAAAAUUAGACAUUUAAAAAAGCGAGCAAUUGGUGCAUAUUUUAAAUUUCUGUCAGGAGAGGUCAUGUUUUGAUGCUCGAUUGGUCUCACAGAGUCAAACAGUCUCACACAGUGAUGCGAUUUUGCAGGUCAGAGUUCACCAAGCUUAAACUUUGCAAGGCAGUGAAUUUUGAAACUUGUUGCAUGAGCUUGCGUUUCCUGUCUGACGCAUUCGCAUGCCUAUGAAUGAAAGUCUAUGGGGAGAAAAAUCCAGUGUGACCGCAACUUAAGUGUGUUGGAGCUGGGUUGUAACUAAACCAUGCUGGGCUGUGGCCCUCCAGGAAUUAAGUUUGACAGCCUUGGCCUACAUCUUUCCACAUCAGGGUUCUUGCACUCAGGACUAUUUGCUGAGGCUGUGGAUUUAUAGGAAGGGAAUAAUAUUGUACAUAGCAUUCAGCUUCUGAAACAGACUAGUUGUUUUCUCUCAUAAUACAUAAAUGUUUAUUCAGUAGCCGUGGUGUUUAUUUUAGUGUUGCCUUUAUGUUUUUUGGACUCUAAAAGUUCCAUUGAAUGUUAUGAAUCUCCAAUUUCAAUAAAAAAUGCAAAGAAAAUUUUACCUACAUUAUGGAUGACUAAUAAACAGAUGUUUUUCCGUUUUGGUUGAACUAUCCCUUUAAAAUGUUAUGGUUUGACAGAAUAUUGUAAUAUUUGUUAAUAUCACAUACCACCCCGUAGUAAAUAAUACAGUAGCUAACCCGUUCUGAUAUGAAGGUACAGAGUAAUAUUCCUAUAGUCUGUGGUAAUGUUCAUGGUCAAAUAGGCUCUGUUUGUGACGUGAUUUGUUUGUUGAAACCAGCUUGGUUACGAUGCCAAUUUCGCAGUGUCAACAAGGCAGUAUUUAUUAUUCUGAUAGAAUACACCUCUCAAUAGUUGAAUGGGAUAUGCAGCAGUUUAAAUGAUUUGGCACGGUCUUAUUAAGACAUCUGCAGUGUCUUCGUAACUUAGCUUCCUAUAUUGAAACGCUGAUGGCAAUAUUAAACAUGGCCUUUAAUAAGAAUGAACAAUAUUUUUGCGGUUGUUUCUAACUUUCUGUACAUUUGGUAUUUGUACUUGUUUUUCAAUUUGUCUGAGCAUUUUGUAUAUUUAGCUUUUUAGGGUACUGUAUUUUAGCGCUGUUAAGAUUUUGCAGUUGUAACAAAUUAUUUAAAUGUCAAAUUUGCUUUCUGAUCUAUAGCUUACGCCUACUUAUUUUGUAAACAGCUGCUUACAGAAUCUGUACUUCAGUGCUUCAGGUUUAUGGAUUCAUGCUUAUUGAAGUUGCAAAAUAUAUUGUCAGGUCAUGUUCCUCAACAUUAGAUGUAGAUCAUUAUAAAAAUCUACAAAUUAAUCUAAAACGGAAAAUAACUGAAACAAUGGAAAUAGGUAUUCCAAACUUAUGUUAAAUUCAUUCAUUUAAGCAUGUUCUCUAGGUAUUUUUAAGCAUUUGUAUUGCCUCUAAGAAUGCCUAUAAAUGAGUACUGUAUGGUAAUUAUGACAUUGUAAGACAUCGAUGGAUUUAAAUUGUAUUACAGACUCUAUCAGAUGCCUUUGAAAUUCAUAAUGUGUUUUGAGUUGUACAUUCCUUUUAAGGAGUUUUGAGAACUCCAACCAAAAGGCUUUGGUUUUAUUCAGUCUGUAUAUAGUAAAUAUAUGUACAUGUUUAA